AUGUUGAACACACGUAAGAAGCUGGUGAAGGACAAGGGCGCUACGCCCACCGAGCUUGACCAGGAGGUGGCCAAGGCCUUGUUCGACAUCGAGGUGUCCCCCUCAUGCGACAUCAAGGCUGACCUGAAGGACGUGUACAUCAGUGGUGCCAAGGAUGUGGAGGUCAAGCACGGAGUUGCCAUGGUGGUGCACUUUCCAUUCCGCGUGUGGAAGACGGUGAAGAAGAUCCAGGGCCGCCUGAUCAGAGAGUUGGAGAAGAAGUUCACCAGGAAGCACGUCGUGCUUGUGGCCAACCGCACCAUCUUGGAUAAGAACUUCAGACGCAAGGGCCUGAAGGUGAGGCCUCGAAGCCGAACACUGACCGCAGUGCACGAGUCCAUCUUGGACGAUCUAGUGGGACCGACCGAGAUCGUGGGCAAGCGCACGCGCAUCUCAGUUGAUGGCAGCAAGCUGCUGAAGGUGAUCCUUGAUCCCAAGGACAAGGACAAGGAGAACAUCGAGAGCAAGCUGCCAGCCUUCGCGGCCGUGUACAAGAAGCUCACCAACAAGGAGGCGCAGUUCAUGCGGCAGUACAACUUCGUCAUGGCGCAUGAGGAUCACAACCGUCACAAGAGUUCCAACGUCAUGGCCUCCAGCAUGCUUAACACGCGCAAGAAGCUGGUGAAGGACAAGGGCGCUACGCCCACCGAGCUUGACCAGGAGGUGGCCAAGGCCUUGUUCGACAUCGAGGUGUCCCCCUCAUGCGACAUCAAGGCUGACCUGAAGGACGUGUACAUCAGUGGUGCCAAGGAUGUGGAGGUCAAGCACGGAGUUGCCAUGGUGGUGCACUUUCCAUUCCGCGUGUGGAAGACGGUGAAGAAGAUCCAGGGCCGCCUGAUCAGAGAGUUGGAGAAGAAGUUCACCAGGAAGCACGUCGUGCUUGUGGCCAACCGCACCAUCUUGGAUAAGAACUUCAGACGCAAGGGCCUGAAGGUGAGGCCUCGAAGCCGAACACUGACCGCAGUGCACGAGUCCAUCUUGGACGAUCUAGUGGGACCGACCGAGAUCGUCGGCAAGCGCACGCGCAUCUCAGUUGAUGGCAGCAAGCUGCUGAAGGUGAUCCUUGAUCCCAAGGACAAGGACAAGGAGAACAUCGAGAGCAAGCUGCCAGCCUUCGCGGCCGUGUACAAGAAGCUCACCAACAAGGAGGACAAGGGCGCUACGCCCACCGAGCUUGACCAGGAGGUGGCCAAGGCCUUGUUCGACAUCGAGGUGUCCCCCUCAUGCGACAUCAAGGCUGACCUGAAGGACGUGUACAUCAGUGGUGCCAAGGAUGUGGAGGUCAAGCACGGAGUUGCCAUGGUGGUGCACUUUCCAUUCCGCGUGUGGAAGACGGUGAAGAAGAUCCAGGGCCGCCUGAUCAGAGAGUUGGAGAAGAAGUUCACCAGGAAGCACGUCGUGCUUGUGGCCAACCGCACCAUCUUGGAUAAGAACUUCAGACGCAAGGGCCUGAAGGUGAGGCCUCGAAGCCGAACACUGACCGCAGUGCACGAGUCCAUCUUGGACGAUCUAGUGGGACCGACCGAGAUCGUCGGCAAGCGCACGCGCAUCUCAGUUGAUGGCAGCAAGCUGCUGAAGGUGAUCCUUGAUCCCAAGGACAAGGACAAGGAGAACAUCGAGAGCAAGCUGCCAGCCUUCGCGGCCGUGUACAAGAAGCUCACCAACAAGGAGGCGCAGUUCAUGUUCCCCACGGCCUAG